CCUGGUCCCCGGAGCAGUCGCCGCUGCCGCCUCAGACCCGCGGCCGGGACCCCCGCCUUCACCCGGACUGCCUUGCCCGGGAACCAGCCCAGGCUUCCAGAGGCUUCCAGAAGAGAAGUAGGCAGUCCUUCCUGGAUUACCCUGGCCUAGCCCUACCAACCUGGCUCCCCUACCCCUUCCCAUCCCUCCCGGCCCCCUCUCCCUUCCCCACCCACUCAACUGAAGUGGGUAUAGGCCAAAGCUCCUCUCCCUCCCUUCCCUUCUGGACACUAGCCAGGAUCCAUUCCUCUUAUUCUGUGACCAAAGAUACUGGAACACACUUCUAAGUAACUGCAGAGAGGGGUCUUCUUUACUUGAUGAGUCCUUGAGCAAAAAGUUGAAAAAGAAGCAGAGACUAGGGAGAUCUGUUGAAGUGCCCUAAAGCUGCAUCAUGGAAGAGAGCUUCCGAGACCGGGCAGCUUUCAUCCGUGGGGCCAAAGACAUUGCCAAGGAAGUCAAGAAGCAUGCGGCCAAGAAGGUGGUGAAGGGCCUGGACAGAGUCCAGGAUGAAUAUUCCCGAAGGUCCUACUCCCGCUUUGAGGAGGAGGAUGAUGAUGAUGACUUCCCUGCCCCCACUGAUGGCUAUUACCGUGGUGAAGGGGCUCAGGACGAGGAGGAAGGUGGCGCCUCUAGUGAUGCCACUGAAGGUCAUGAUGAGGAUGAUGAGAUCUACGAGGGGGAAUAUCAGGGUAUCCCUCGGGCAGAGUCAGGGGGCAAAGGUGAACGGAUGGCAGAUGGGGCACCCCUGGCUGGAGUGAGAGGGGGCUUGAGUGAUGGGGAGGGCCCCCCUGCAGGCCGAGGAGAGGCACAGCGGCAGAAAGAACGAGAAGAACUGGCCCAGCAGUAUGAAGCCAUCCUACGGGAGUGUGGACAUGGCCGUUUCCAGUGGACACUCUAUUUCGUGCUGGGUUUGGCACUGAUGGCUGAUGGUGUUGAAGUCUUUGUGGUGGGCUUCGUGCUGCCCAGUGCUGAGAAAGACAUGUGCCUGUCUGACUCCAACAAAGGCAUGCUGGGCCUCAUCGUCUACCUGGGCAUGAUGGUGGGAGCCUUCCUCUGGGGAGGUCUGGCUGAUCGGCUAGGUCGGAGACAGUGUCUGCUCAUCUCACUCUCAGUCAACAGCGUCUUUGCCUUCUUCUCAUCUUUCGUCCAGGGUUAUGGCACUUUUCUCUUCUGUCGUCUCCUUUCUGGGGUUGGGAUUGGAGGGUCCAUUCCCAUCGUCUUCUCCUAUUUCUCGGAGUUUCUGGCCCAGGAGAAACGUGGGGAGCAUUUGAGCUGGCUCUGCAUGUUUUGGAUGAUUGGUGGAGUGUAUGCAGCUGCCAUGGCCUGGGCCAUCAUCCCCCAUUAUGGGUGGAGUUUUCAGAUGGGUUCUGCUUACCAGUUCCACAGCUGGAGGGUCUUCGUCCUCGUCUGCGCCUUUCCUUCUGUGUUUGCCAUUGGGGCUCUUACCACGCAGCCUGAGAGCCCCCGUUUCUUCCUGGAGAAUGGGAAGCAUGAUGAAGCCUGGAUGGUGCUGAAGCAGGUCCAUGACACCAAUAUGAGAGCCAAGGGACAUCCUGAGCGAGUAUUCUCCGUAACUCACAUUAAGACAAUUCAUCAGGAGGAUGAAUUGAUUGAGAUCCAGUCAGACACAGGGACCUGGUACCAGCGCUGGGGCGUCCGGGCCUUGAGCCUGGGGGGGCAGGUUUGGGGGAAUUUUCUCUCCUGCUUUGGUCCAGAAUAUCGGCGUAUCACUCUGAUGAUGAUGGGUGUGUGGUUCACCAUGUCAUUCAGCUACUAUGGCCUAACAGUCUGGUUCCCUGACAUGAUCCGCCAUCUCCAGGCAGUGGACUAUGCAGCCCGCACCAAAGUGUUCCCUGGAGAGCGUGUGGAGCAUGUGACUUUUAACUUCACACUGGAGAAUCAGAUCCACCGUGGGGGGCAGUACUUCAAUGACAAGUUCAUUGGGCUGCGUCUGAAGUCAGUGUCCUUUGAAGAUUCCCUGUUUGAGGAGUGUUAUUUUGAGGAUGUCACAUCUAGCAACACAUUUUUCCGCAACUGCACAUUCAUCAACACCGUGUUUUAUAACACUGACCUGUUUGAGUACAAGUUUGUGAACAGCCGGCUGGUAAACAGCACAUUCCUGCACAAUAAGGAGGGCUGCCCACUAGAUGUGACAGGAACAGGAGAAGGUGCCUACAUGGUGUACUUUGUCAGCUUCUUGGGGACAUUGGCUGUGCUUCCUGGGAACAUCGUGUCUGCCCUGCUCAUGGACAAGAUUGGCAGGCUUAGGAUGCUUGCUGGCUCCAGCGUGAUGUCCUGUGUUUCCUGCUUUUUCCUGUCUUUUGGGAACAGCGAGUCAGCCAUGAUUGCUCUCCUCUGCCUUUUUGGGGGGGUCAGCAUUGCAUCCUGGAACGCAUUGGAUGUGUUGACUGUGGAACUCUACCCCUCAGACAAGAGGACCACAGCCUUCGGCUUCCUGAAUGCCCUGUGUAAGCUGGCAGCCGUGCUUGGGAUCAGCAUCUUCACAUCCUUUGUGGGAAUCACCAAGGCUGCCCCCAUCCUCUUUGCCUCAGCUGCCCUUGCCCUCGGCAGCUCUCUGGCCCUGAAGCUGCCUGAGACCCGGGGGCAGGUGCUGCAGUGAGGGGUCUUUGGGGCUUUGGGAGUGGCAGGCACACUGUGAGACCAGGUCCUUUCUUCCCUUCCCUGCCCUGCCAUCCUGGCUCCAGAGCCCUCACUCUCCACUCCCCUGUUUAGUGUCUCAGCUCUGUAUGUAUGUGGGUGUGCAUGUGUG